UAUCAGAGCCGCACUUUAUGAAGCUUGAAGUUCAUCGAGAAUGAUAGCAAACAACAAGACUGCUUAUGCAUGCCCACCGGAAAUAGUGGAGGCACAGGCCGAAGAGGAUAUUGGUCAUCAACCUCCGGCUGGUCCAGGAUCCGUUCCGACAACCCCGGCUUUGCUUAUGAACCGAAGCGACUGAAUCCUGGUUUCACUCCAUAAAAAUCAAGUCAGGAUAUCGCCCACCGCCAGGCUACAGCUAUAUCGCCGGGGGUCAUAGCAUCAUUCGUUCGCUAUUCUGAAUCCCUUGGCUGAUUUUCACGCGAUUGCCGAGAAACAGACAACCAACCUGCCACUCACUUCCCCUGCAAGCCGCUCUACAACCGCGGGGUAUUACAAGAAUCCAUUCAUUUGGAUGCGCAUCUCGCGGACGCUUCGCAGCGCUCAGUCAUGGACGACUCAAUCGGCUCAUUUGAGGAACUGCGUUCCUCCAUGUCUAGCAUGAACACUCCGAUGCACGAAACGAGCCUUGAAGCUCCGGAGCAGACGACCCUCCAGCGAGAGCAGCAGCAGCAGCAGCACAGCUCCUCCACCACAACCAACACCAUGGGCACUUCCCUCAACUCCGACACCCACCUCGCAGAGAAGCUCGAAACGCUACAAUCCCACGGCGUCAGCGCGCAAUCGCUCCCCUCCUCCUCCGAAUCCGUCCUCUACCUAGCCUACGGCUCGAACCUGAACUCGGAAACCUUUCUGGGGAUGCGAGGCAUCCGGCCCUUAUCUCAGACCAACGUCGUCGUGCCCAGUCUCUGGCUCACCUUCGAUCUUCCUGGACUUCCUUACGCAGAACCCUGCUUCGCGGCGACGAGGUACCGCCGACAACCACAAGCAGCCGGCGCAGGCGCCUACCACGCUGAGGAUGGCGUCGUUACCCCCAGCGGCAACAAGACAGCUACAAUCUCCGAGCAUCAGCAUCACCACCACCAGGAAGAAGAAGAAGAAGAAGAAGAAGAAGAAGAAGAAGAAGAAACAACCCGGCCCCUCCUCCCGACCAACAAGAAAGCCCCAAAAGUCCCAGGCGGCGGACCAGACUACAGCCCGCGCAUGCCGCUGGUGGGCGUCGUCUACGAAGUCACGCUAAGCGACUACGCGCGCAUCAUCGCGACCGAAGGCGGAGGUAGAGGCUACGUCGAAACCGUGAUCGACUGCUACCCGUUCCCGAAGGCGUACGACCCGCGCACGCAACCGGUGCCCGAACACCCAGGCACUGUGCCUUUCAAAGCGCAUACCUUGCUCUCCCCGGGUGCUCAACACAAACCCACACCACCAUCCCUCCUCGCAGCAGAACCCACGGCCGCACAGUCACAAUCACCACCAACAUCCACCCGCCCCAACCCCUUCUACGCGCAGCCCUCGGCGCGGUACCUGUCGUUGAUCCAAGCCGGUGCUGCGGAACACAACCUCCCGCUCGCGUACCGCGUGUACCUGUCCCAGAUUAGACCGUACCGGAUCACGACGCUGCGGCAGCGCGCCGGGCAGGUGUCGUUCCUGGUGAUGUGGGGCCCCGUGGUGAUGAUGCUGUUGAGGUUGUCGCGCACGCUGGCCGGGCCGGACGGCCGGAGUCCCGGGUGGUUGGUGUGGGCGCAGGAUGCGGUGUUUGCCACGAUUUGGCGGUCUUAUGAUCAUUUCUUUGCCAAGGUGUUUGGGGAUGGGGAGCGGAGUGAUGGCCAGGAGGUUGUAUAGAUGAUAGAAUUAAUAAACGAUAAGAGUAUGUAUUUGGGCUGACAGGGCGGUUGGGAAGAGCAUGCAGUGCUGGCUAUCCACUUCUAAAAG